AUGUCUAAAGAGAUUCCUAAGAUGGCUAAACAGUGGAGAGUCACUGGUUACGAUGGAUUGGACGCCUUGAAGUUCACAGAAGAGGCGAUACCUAUAAUUUCCGAUAACCAAGUGCUUGUGAAAAUCCAGGGGGCAUCACUGAACUUUCGCGACAUUAUAAUUCCUCUUGGCAAGUACCCAUUCUCUCAAAAGCCCAAUGUCGUUCCUGGAUCCGAUGGAGCUGGGACCGUCCUCGCAGUUGGCAAAAGUGUUAUGCGAUUCAAACCGGGGGACAAGGUUGUUACGAUCCUCAACCAGCGACAUUUAGCGGGGUCAAUAGACACCCAGUCAGCAGACUCGGGGCUUGGUGCAUCAAUCGAUGGAACGCUGCGCUCAAUUGGUGCGUUUGAUGAGCAGGGACUUGUCAAAAUGCCGGAAGGCCUCAAUUUCUUCGAGGCAGCAACUCUUAGCUGCGCCGGUUUGACAGCCUGGAACGCUCUUUUUGGAAUAUCAGCCAAGCAGCUCAUGGCGGGCCAGUGGCUUCUAACACAGGGGACGGGAGGGGUCAGCAUUUUCGCCCUACAAUUUGCUAAAAUCGUUGGCGCAAGAGUGAUAGCAACAACAAGCUCUAAUGUAAAGGCCAAGCUGCUUAAAAGGCUCGGUGCCGACUACAUUAUUAACUAUCAAGAGACGCCAAAUUGGGGAGAAGUCGCUAAGGCGCUGACUGGAGGAAUUGGUGUACAUCUCGUCGUCGAGGUUGCAGGAGCAUUGACAAUGAAGCAGAGUGUUGCGAGUCUAAAGCUUGAUGGUAUUAUAAGCAUCGUUGGUUUCGUUGGCGGGGAAGGCAAUGGAGCGGACGUGCCGAACUUGCUGGAUCCAUGGCUCAAACAUUACACGGCCCGCGGCAUCUCAGUGGGUAGUCGGCAGCAAAUGGAGGACAUGUGUCUUGCCAUUGAAGCUAACCUGGAAAAGCUUCGCCCAAUUAUCGACUCACAGGUGUUCAAACUUGACCAACUCAAAGAAGCAUACAAGUAUUUGCAAGCUGGAGAGAAUCUAGGCAAGGUCUGUAUUGAUACAGAGUAG